AGUAUUCAAUAUAAGUAAUGUCUGUUUUUCACUGCGUACAGAAUCCCAGGCCUAGUUUGCGAGAAAGCGCAGGCAUGAAGAGCAAACCCACAAACUGCAGGGGUUUGCACCGGCCUACAACUUGGUACACGUUUCUUUUCAGAUCUCUUCCGCAUUCUACAGGUUUGCAUCCUUGUGCUCUUGUUUUCGAUGCGGUGAAGCACAAAGAGGAUGAGGAAAGAUUUUGACUUUCAAUAACUUUUUCAAAAUUUAAGAUCCAACAUUCAAAAUGAAGACAAUCGUGUGGUUUGGUUUUGUGCUGGGUGCACUCUCUGUUGGAGGCGACGUGAUCCUCACAAAACCAGGGCAGAGUGCCACCUUCAAGUGUGGGGUCGAGACAAACACUCACAGCCUGGCGUGGAAUUAUGGAAAUGACCUGAUUAUUAGUUUUGAGGGGAGGGGCUUCCCUCGCAAAGGUGCUAAAUUUAGAGACAGGUCGAGGUUAAGGGUUACCAGUCUGGAGAUCUCUGGAGUGAGGGAAGACGAUGCCGGAGAGUUCAUUUGUAUGGCAGAUGGGAGAAGAUAUGAACACACACUUCUUGUGGUCUCAGUCUGGGUCAGCCCUUCUAGUGAGCUCCAGCUGGGCAGUGAGGCUACGCUCCAGUGUCGGGUUAAAGGUCUGAACCCCCCGGACUCUCCAGUGAAGUGGAACAGGCCAGAUGGAAGUUCACACUCAGAGUCACAGACUGUUCAACUCAAAUCUGUAGACCACUCUGAUGCAGGGAACUGGAAUUGUACGUUCUCCCAUGCCGGGAAGAAAUACAGUGAGAGCCUAGAAAUCAAAGUUCAAGCGCCUGUUCCUGAAACAGCUGCACCAUCCCCUUCACCAAGCUCAAAGGACGUCAUGCUGGGUGCACUCUCUGUUGGAGGCGACGUGAUCCUCACAAAACUAGGGCAGAGUGCCACCUUCAAGUGUGGGGUCGAGACAAACACUCACAGCCUGGCGUGGAAUUAUGGAAAUGACCUGAUUAUUAGUGUUGAUAGGAGUGGCUUCCCUCGCAAAGGUGCUAAAUUUAGAGACAGGUCGAGGUUAAGGGUUACCAGUCUGGAGAUCUCUGGAGUGAGGGAAGACGAUGCCGGAGAGUUCAUUUGUACGGCAGAUGGGAGAAGAUAUGAACACACACUUCUUGUGGUCUCAGUCUGGGUCAGCCCUUCUAGUGAGCUCCAGCUGGGCAGUGAGGCUACGCUCCAGUGUCGGGUUAAAGGUCUGAACCCCCCGGACUCUCCAGUGAAGUGGAACAGGCCAGAUGGAAGUUCACACUCAGAGUCACAGACUGUUCAACUCAAAUCUGUAGCCCGCUCUGAUGCAGGGAACUGGAAUUGUACGUUCUCCCAUGACGGGAAGAAAUACAGUGAGAGCCUAGAAAUCAAAGUUCAAGCGCCUGUUCCUGAAACAGCUGCACCAUCCCCUUCACCAAGCUCAAAGAACGUCAUGCUGGGUGCACUCUCUGUUGGAGGCGACGUGAUCCUCACAAAACCAGGGCAGAGUGCCACCUUCAAGUGUGGGGUCGAGACAAACACUCACAGCCUGGCGUGGAAUUAUGGAAAUGACCUGAUUAUUAGUGUUGAUGGGAGGGGCUUCCCUCGCAGAGGUGCUAAAUUUAGAGACAGGUCGAGGUUAAGGGUUACCAGUCUGGAGAUCUCUGGAGUGAGGGAAGACGAUGCCGGAGAGUUCAUUUGUACGGCAGAUGGGAGAAAAUAUGAACACGCACUUCUUGUGGUCUCAGUCUCAGUCAGCCCUUCUAGUGAGCUCCAGCUGGGCAGUGAGGCUACGCUCCAGUGUCGGGUUAAAGGUCUGAACCCCCCGGACUCUCCAGUGAAGUGGAACAGGCCAGGUGGAAGUUCACACUCAGAGUCACAGACUGUUCAACUCAAAUCUGUAGACCACUCUGAUGCAGGGAACUGGAAUUGUACGUUCUCCCAUGACGGGAAGACAUACAGUGAGAGCCUAGAAAUCAAAGUUCAAGCGCCUGUUCCUGAAACAGCUGCACCAUCCCCUUCACCAAGCUCAAAGAACGUCAGCGUUAAUCAACAUUCAGGCACUGAUGCUGUGCUGCUGGGGCUCAGCUGGUGGGUGUGGGUUGCAAUUGGAGUAGGCGGCCUGGUCGUGGUUCUCCUGAUGGUCUUUGUCAUUGUCUUGUGCAAGAAGAUCAAAAGAAGGAAGAGAAAAUUUCUAAAUAAGAAGAAUGGCCGACAGCCACUAAAACCCAAGACGUACUGCCAGUGUGACCGCCCAGCAGCUGCAGCAAAACCGCAGCAAGGACGCAGGAAAGCGAAGCCAUCAGCCCUCCCUUUGCAACCCCUGCUAAUGGCGUGAGAUGAAAGACUGAUCCAAGAAAGGAAAAAUAGACAGAAAAAAAAGAAGAGAGAGAGAGGAAGGGAAAGAGGAAUAGAUCAAGAUAAAGAGAGCGAGUUAAAGAGAACCCCAGUGUGAAUAUGGAAUGAAUGUAAAUGGGCUUUUGAAUGCUUGAGAUGAAAUUUCCACCAAAUAUAACCAGUGUACUGAAUGCAAAUAGGCUCCUCCAAUGCAAGAGAAAACAGCAACAGUCUGUACUUUUUUUGACAUUUAUGCAGCAUAUUAACAUGUUAAGAAUAUCCUUGAAUACUGUAUUGUCAACCUCUAAUGUGCUUUCCAUUGUACAUUUCAUCCAGCUGAUUUUGAUGUUUUCUUUCUUGUGUUUCUGUGUAUUUGACAGAUGUCUAUGUAGACGUUGUCUUUAUUUCUGUAGGCUGUGCAUAAAAAGACGAUAGUACUGUAUUGAAGUUUUGUCUUUUUUUCCAAUAAACUAUAAGGAUACCCAA